AUGCAACGAUUAGGUGACAUACGGACUGUCGCGAUCGGUGGCAGACCUCUUGCGGCACCAAUGCAGGCCAUGGGUGGCACAAAGGGAGGUGUCGUCCUAGAUGACACAAUCGUUCAGGAUGCUUCUGUCAAGCCGCCGCUCAAUCUGCAGGUUUUCAGUCUGAACAUGCAGAAUCCGUAUCGCAGAAAUGAUACGGAAACCCCGGUGCACUUUGUCUACGAGGCUGCCAACUGUCGUCUCUUCUACACUCCUGAGACUGUGUUGAGUGUCACCAAGAUGUGGAAUGCCGUCACUGAUGUCGCAUGGAACAGCGCUCAGUGUGUCCCCGGCAGUACAGUCAACGAGCAUGGAACUAUUGGAGAUACCUUACCGGAACUCUCCGCAAAGGCGUACUCCGCGGCGAAGUUUCAACCUGUCCCGGGCGGCUACGAGAGCGUUGGGGCGCGACCUACAGAGAAGCAGAGCUUGGAGCACUUGCGAAGGAAGGGUGUCAGCGCGGGAACCCGCUGUGUGGAGCCUCCAUCGCUGCCUGAGCGCAAGGAAGGUUAUAAGAUAUUUUAG